CACCGAGCUACCUACCUCCCCCGUGCCACCACCUCUAAAAUCCCCCAGCGGCCCAACCGAACCCGCCUAGGGAUUCCUACCGAGGGAGGCCGCACGCAGCCAUGGAUUUCCUGCAGGAGCAAAGCGUCGAGACCACAGUGGCCGUCGCCGUCGCUGUCGCCGCCGUCGCCGCAGGCGGCGCCUUCCUCCUCCUUCGAUCCAGGAAGCCCAAGGGCUGCUUGGAUCCUGAGAACUUCAGGAAGUUCAAACUUGUUGAAAAGAAGCAAAUAAGUCAUAAUGUUGCCAGGUUCAAGUUCGCUCUUCCAACUCCAACUUCUGUAUUGGGCCUUCCAAUCGGUCAACAUAUCAGCUGCAGAGGACAAGACGCUACAGGUGAAGAAGUAAUCAAGCCUUAUACCCCUACUACAUUGGAUUCUGAUCUUGGAUAUUUUGAGCUUGUCAUAAAGAUGUAUCCCCAAGGGAGAAUGUCCCAUCAUUUCCGCGAGAUGAAAGUUGGUGAUUAUUUGUCUGUGAAGGGACCUAAGGGCCGAUUCAAGUACCACGUUGGCCAAGUGAGGGCAUUUGGAAUGCUGGCUGGUGGAUCAGGCAUUACUCCAAUGUUUCAAGUUGCCAGAGCAAUUCUUGAGAACCCUAAUGACAACACCAAGGUUCACUUAAUUUAUGCUAAUGUCACAUAUGAAGACAUUCUUCUGAAGGAUGAGCUGGACGACAUGGCCAAAACCUAUCCUGGCCGCUUUAAGAUCUACUAUGUGUUGAAUCAGCCUCCUGAGAACUGGAACGGUGGUGUUGGGUUUGUGUCUAAGGAAAUGAUCCAAUCUCAUUGUCCAGCGCCUGCUGAGGACAUUCAGAUCCUGAGAUGUGGUCCUCCUCCGAUGAACAAGGCCAUGGCUGCACACCUUGACGAGCUCAACUACACAAAGGAGAUGCAGUUCCAGUUCUAAGCAAUGUUAAGUUUGCAAAUAAUAAUUAGUGACCGACAUGGUUCUUCGGUCACAGGAAUAGUACCUGACUCUGCUCGUUAGCUGAUAUCAGGAGGAAUUCAGGAUCACAUGAUGAUUAGUAGUGCGCCAGCAUUUUUUGCAAUCUCUAUUUUUGAGGUCAAAUGAUAUCUACCUCCACAUAAAUCCACAUUGGCAGAGACAACAUUUUGUUACUAUCAUUAUUGAUUUUAAAUGUGGACCAUUGGAUGCGAUAAGAAAUGUCUCACUAUCAUCAGUU